AAAAUAAGAUUACAAAUCAAACAAAAUUAGUGAUUUAAAGGAUUUACAAGGAUUUAUUGAUCUAGAUUCACAAUAAACUAGUAACUAUUUUCAACUGCUCCUUCGAUGCUCGAUUAGUGUUAACGUGUAUGGUGGAAAUAAAUUAAAAAGUAAAGAGAACAAAACAAGAUUUAAAAUAAAAGAAGCAUUAGAACAUAGAACCAGAUGCGUUUAUUAUGUCAUGUUUGUGCAAUAUAUCUGCUCAUAUUCUCAACAUGGAGUCGAGCAGAAGAAUCGAAGAAUUAUGAGAACAAAAAACAUAAGUAUGUCACAGGGUUGUAUAAAAACAGUAUCCUAUUAACGUCUGAUAUAAAUAUAACUAAUUAUAUUUCAAAUAAAAAAAAUUCACCCAAAAUCAACACAGGUUAUCUAAGCAAUACCAGAACAUUUCCUGCAUCAAGAACCAUAAUCACAAACACAACUGUAAAUAUAUCAACAGAUUCAAUAAAGCCUCCAGCUACAAAGCCAGCAGAACUAUCGGACCAAGACACAGUAGACGUUGAUGAAACUUUCCAAAUUGCAACAAGUGACAUUCAUCAGGUAAUGGAAGAAAUUGUCAAAGAUAUCGGUAUAUUAAUAGAAAAUGAAAAUCCUGUAUACAUAAAUGACAUUGCAUCAAUUGUAGAUCGAGUUAACGAUCUCACAAAUAUACUUGCAACACAAAAUGUAACAUUUGAUGGUUCAUUAUUGCUUGGACUGGAAAACUUAACAAAGAUAGUAAAUCUCAAUAAUUCAUUUAAAGAAAAUCUCAUACGAGACAAUGUUGCCUUAUUAAUGGUAGAUGUCAAUGUUCAAUUUCCUAUAGCAGGAUUAAGAAUUGUUAAUACAGGUGGCGGAGCUUUCUCUAAUGCAUCAUUUGAAUAUCUUUAUGAUGAUCAAAAUGAAACUUUACUAUUGAUGAACGUAAGCGAUGCAGUAAUAUAUCUCCCAGAUGAUAUGUUGUCUAGCUCUCGCAUCGGUUUUGUUAUUUUCCGACAAGACUAUAAUCUUGGCAGAUUUGAACUUCCAAAUGUUCACCCACAUAUCAACAGCCCGAUCAUCAAUAUCAACGCGGGUAAAUCACAUUACGACGAGAGAAUUAAAUAUUACCUCAAACCGAGCACACAAGCAGCUGAAUACAUGUGUGUGAGUUGGCUAAGAUCUGAUAUAGAAUUGGAGCAAGGUAUAUGGGUGCAUUUUUUUUGUAGAAAUGUUGAUAAUGAAGCAGGAAUGUUGCAUUUAUGCGACUGUUCGGACACAUCGUUCAUCUCUCAUUACAUAACGGAAGAACUUGAAACAGUAACUACAACAACGACUACAAUAAACGCAACCAACACAGCUAGUGAGGAAUCAAACGAGACUGAUCAACCGACCACUCUGACAACAGCUGCUUCGUUAACACCAGAAGAGCAAAUCAACCAGAUUUUAGAUGACCUCAAAAACCUACUGCAAGAUGAUUCAAUUCCUAUACAUAUUUACGACGUUAUUGAAGUCUUUGAUCAGAUUAAUAACCUCUUAAGUAUAGACGAAGAUGUAACGAUUCCUGGCAAAAUCCUACAAUUGCUUGAAGAACUUGGUUCUAGAAUAGUACUAAACGACUCACAGAAUGGUACACUAGUGAGGGAUAAUAUAGCUCUGUUGAUGGCUAAUGUUGACGAAUUGAACCCUGUUAGAGGACUGCGGGUGGCUAGUAAAGAUGUCGAGGCAUUUGUCGAUGAUGCAUUUGAAUUUUUAACUGACAUCAAUGAAGUGCAUUUAGCUGAGACCAAAAGUGAAGCUGUAGUGGACUUGCCGCAGUCUGUACUCGACUUUCCAAGACGUAUAAGCUUCGUGGUGUACCACGACGACCGUGCCUUCAACAUCCCGGGCGACUUCACCGUCAAUAGCCGCGUGAUUAGUAUCAACGUGGAGAAUCUAACUCGCUUCGACGCUGGAGAGGUGGUAAAGAUACAUUUUAAAAAUAUGGAAGACCCAAAACGUGGUAUGAGGCGAAGUUGCGGUUAUUGGGCAUUCUUGGAGGAUGGAUCUGGAUAUUGGUCUCAAGAGGGAUGCACUUUUAUCCGUUCAAAUAAUCCGACAAUUUUGGACACAUGUCAAUGCGAUCAUCUCACACAUUUCGCUGAAAUUUUAAUUCCUCGGCCCGUCUUCUCUGAACGCAAUGAAAAAAUAUUGGAAAUAUUGUCUAUUAUCGGUUGUUCUUUAUCUAUUUUUGGCAUUCUUUUGAUAGUACUUACAGCUGCUGCGUUUAAAUCUUGGCGAUCGAAUUUUCGAAAUCGAAUUUGGCUUCAACUGUGUAUUGCAUUAUUUGUUUUAUCCGUUUGUUUUAUAGUUAUCGUGUAUAUGAAAUAUGAUGAAUAUAGUGUAUCAUGUGUACUCACAGGUAUUGUCUUGCAUUAUUCUUUAUUGGCUUCAUUUUUUUGGAUGUUGAUGGUAGCAAUUACUGCCUAUAUAGAUACGGUUGCAAUUAAAUAUGCAUACGCAAGGCACAUGUCUCAUAAAGUUAUGAUAGCUUCGUGUUUCUCUUGGGGAGCUCCUAUUUUCAUCAUCAGUAUACUUCUUAUAGCUUCUCCGAAGUGUUACGUUGGUCGUUUUGAGGAGAUGACACCUAGUGGCAGUUUCUGCUAUCCCUCAAACCUUGCUUUAUGGUUGUCCGUUUACGCACCUAUUGCUUUUAUAUUGAUAGUGAAUUUCGUAUCAUUUUUUUAUAUAAUGGGUGCCGUAUCUGCCAGUACAUGUAAUAAAAAAUUAGGAAAACAAAACGUGGACGAUUUUCAAGAGACCGUCAAAUGCGUUCGUAUAGGAUUUGUGCUAGUAUUCCUGUUUGGCUUGCCGUGGGUAUUUGGACUCUUCUCUUUCAACAUCGUCGCCGCUUACCUCUUCACCAUCACGGUGACCAUACAAGGGUUCCUUCUUUUCUUGUUUAUUGUGUGCGGCAAUAAAGACACCAGGGACUUUUGGUUCCGUACGCUGAUGGGGAAACCAAAACGAAAAUAUAUAUAUCGUUCAAAACAUCAUACUCACUCUACAUCUGUGUCUUAGUGUCAAUUGUAUUAGAUUGUAAAAUCUUUAUUAUAUAUAAUUUAUAUUGGGCAUAUUAAAAGAUUUAAUAUACAUUUUAUAUAAUAAUUUGACAUAAAGAAUAUUGUAAUUUGGAAAAUGUUUGGACUUUAUAAUUGUAAUAUAAUGUAGACUAAAUACAGUUUGACAUUAGCAUACCUCUGCGGGGUGCUGCAUGUUAUGUACCUGUAUAUGUAACUUCUUAUUGUACCAUGCAGCAAGCGAAUAAAUAUGAUUUGAUUUGAUUUACAAUAACGGACUUAUCCCAAAAAGGUAUCUCUUAUAGUCAACCUUUGAGAAGUCGAAAAAAAAAUUAUAGAAUGUUUAAAGAUAAAAACCAUACAGCUAAAAAUAAAAGAUUAUUAUAUCAAUAUUGUUUAUUAACUUUAUUAUACUAGUAAUUGGUAUAUAAUUUGUUAUGUACUGAUGUUCCGCCUCGACUUUGCACUUGUGCCUGCAAAUUAGGAUGUAUUGUAUUUUUAGAAAGAAAAAUGUAUAUAAAUGGUCGUGAAACUCAUACUAAGAGACCCAAAGUCCAUCUGUGUUACAUGAAUUGAAAGAAAUAAACGGAGAAACAAAAAAAAAAGAGACAGCGAUUGUU